AUGGCGACUGACUCGUGGGCGCUGGCGGUGGACGAGCAGGAGGCGGCCGCCGCGGCCUCGCUGAGCAACUUGCACCUGAAGGAGGAGAACCUCAAGCCAGACGCCAACGGUGCCGUUGUCAAGACAAGCGACAAUGCAGAGAAGACAGAAGAGGAGGAAAAGGAGGAUCGGGCCGCCCAGUCGCUGCUGAACAAGCUGAUCCGGAGCAAUUUGGUGGACAACACGAACCAGGUGGAGGUGCUGCAGAGGGACCCCACCUCCCCACUCUACUCGGUCAGGUCCUUCGAAGAACUGCGCCUGAAGCCCCAGCUGCUCCAGGGGGUGUACGCCAUGGGGUUCAACAGGCCCUCCAAGAUCCAGGAGAACGCCCUGCCCAUGAUGCUCGCGGAGCCCCCACAGAACCUGAUUGCCCAGUCCCAGUCCGGCACCGGGAAGACGGCAGCCUUCGUCCUGGCCAUGCUCAGCCGGGUGGAGCCGGAUCACAGGCAUCCCCAGUGCCUCUGCCUUUCCCCCACGUACGAGUUGGCCCUCCAGACGGGGAAGGUCAUCGAACAGAUGGGCCGGUUCUACCCUGCGCUGAAGCUGGCCUAUGCCGUCCGGGGCAACAAGUUGGAGCGUGGCCAGAAGAUUGCCGAACAGAUCGUCAUUGGCACGCCGGGCACCGUCCUGGAUUGGUGUUCGAAGCUCAAGUUCAUUGACCCCAAAAAGAUCCGGGUGUUUGUUCUGGACGAGGCCGACGUCAUGAUUGCCACCCAGGGGCACCAGGACCAGAGCAUCCGCAUCCAGAGGAUGCUUCCCCGGGAUUGCCAGAUGCUGCUCUUCUCGGCCACCUUCGAGGACUCGGUGUGGAAGUUUGCCCAGAAGGUGGUUCCCGACCCCAACAUCAUCAAGCUGAAGAGGGAGGAGGAGACGCUGGACACCAUCAAGCAGUAUUACGUCCUCUGCAACAGCCGGGAGGAGAAGUUCCAAGCCCUCUGCAACAUCUACGGGGCCAUCACCAUUGCCCAGGCCAUGAUCUUCUGCCACACCCGCAAGACGGCCGGCUGGCUGGCAGGGGAGCUGUCCAGAGAAGGCCACCAGGUCGCCCUCCUGAGUGGGGAGAUGAUGGUGGAGCAGCGGGCGGCCGUGAUCGAGCGCUUCAGGGAGGGCAAGGAGAAGGUCCUGGUCACCACCAACGUCUGUGCCCGAGGCAUAGAUGUGGAGCAAGUCUCCGUGGUCAUCAACUUCGACCUCCCGGUAGACAAAGACGGCAACCCGGACAACGAGACCUACCUGCACCGCAUCGGCCGCACGGGGCGCUUCGGCAAGCGAGGUCUGGCCGUCAACAUGGUAGACAGCAAGCACAGCAUGAACAUCCUCAGCCGCAUCCAGGAACACUUCAAAAAGAAGAUCCAUAAAUUGGAUACAGAUGAUUUGGAUGAGAUUGAGAAAAUUGCUAACUGAGGGGGCAGCCGAGGGGAUUGUGGGUGCCCGGCUUCCUCCCCGUGGCUCCCCCACCCUGAAUGGAGACGCCAUCCUGACUGGCACAUCUCACCAGCCACGUGUGGAGCGGGGUGCCCUCCCCCAAGACCACGAGCGCUGCAGGAGUUACUUCACCCUCUUAAACCAACAACGAUGCGGCUGGACUUUCAUUUCCAAAUUAGCGCAAACUGGAGAACACGGAAGACACGUUUCGCGAAGAAAUGUUUACAGUAACUUUUUUCUUUUUUUUUCUUUUAGUUUAGCCUUAAGAGUGGGGGGACCUCUUCAAUUAUGAAAAUGAUGCCAAAACACAUAGCCAAUAAUUAGAAGGUAUUUUAAUACCUGUUUUGUGGAGAGAGACAGCACUAAGAUUGAACAGACAAAUAUCGCUUGUGAUUUUUUUUUUUUUUUACACUUCAGAACAGAUUAAACGUCCCAGGCAGGUUUCAUGCUGGGUAUGUGUGAAGUGGGCAGAGAUUGCCAUUUUUACUUGAGGAAAAUCGUCCUGCUUCUCUGGUUUUUUCCCCCCAGGUGAUGGCAUGAUAGUCUGCCUUUUCAUUCUUAUCCUUUUUCUCCUGCCCAAUAAACGCCGGGGAGCUGCAAUCCCAGGUGGGGGUCUCGAGACAUUGGCUGGCUUUUCAGGGGUGGUGGGGAAGAGAAGCCAAAACCUUGGCAGGUUCACAGGACCUCACCUGCCCGUCAGCCCAGAAUGGAGAUAGGGAGGCAGAAAAAGACAGUUGAGCAGAAAUAAAGAGCUCAAUAGGGGAAGUAUUUGUGAGAAUGUUAAUGCUGAGCUAAACCUCUGUUUUGGGGCCUCCAGAGGAAGGAUGGGCGCGCAGGCAGGGAGGUGGGUUUUCAGCCUCACCUCUGGGCAGGUGCACCUCAAACCCCCCCCCCCCCCCUUAACAGAGCCAUGCUAAGAAUUGCAUAUUUCUUCCCCAAGUCCCAGCAGGUCCUCCCCAUCCACCAUGAAUGGGGCAUUAGACCAGUGGUUUGCAUUUUGGGGGGGGGGGGUGCUUUGUUGGUUGCAACCAAAUUGAUUUGGCCCUGAUUUGGCUUCUUGAGCCGGGUAGGGGUGGGGAGAGAUCAUGCUUAAAAUUGCAGUGAGCCCAAAUGAUGUUUGGUUCAGGGGAGGCAGGAAGGGGCUUCACUGGCCAAGGAGGCUCAGCCAAUGAGGCCUUUUUCCUCUGAGUUCAGUUUGGAUUCUCUGAUUCCGCCGUGGCAGGCGCACGAGGGUUGGAUCCAGUUGCUUUCUCUCUCUCUGGCACAGUAGAAUUAAAAGUAUUUUUAUUCAUGCUUGGGGGCGGGGGCAGAGGGCUUCCUGCUUGAUACGGGACCCUUUUCUAAAUCGAUUAAUUGUGGAUUCUGAGUUUUUAUCCCUGCGUUUUUCCUGGGCUGGGGCUGAGAUGGAGAUUCUUUUCAUGCAACAUAUACGCGCCCUGCUCACUUUAGAAAUGUACCUAAAUUUUCAGGGUGUUUGUUUGUGCUCAGCCUCUUCGGUUUCUGUCGACAGCUUUGGGGGGGAGGGUUGUGUGUGUGGGGGGAAUGUUGAAAAAAAACACAGGUGUCCACAGAUUUUGUAUGCUAGGGCAUACUUAUUUUUGUCCCACAGGAGAUAACAGGCAGACAUGGGCUGUGUGUGGCAGGGAGCCUUGAAUCCGCUCUGGCCACACCAAGUGACAGGCAGCCAGGGCUGCAUUCCGAUGUAACCUCUCAGCUAGAAUAAAGACCGCACGAGAUUUGACCCCUGGCCUCGGCUGCCUUCCGUGCAAUUUGUGGCAGUGGGUCUUCUGCGGGCUGAAGGUGCCCUUUCCCCAACUCCUGACAAGCCAGAGGGGAUUUUUAAAUCGAGGAGGGUCUCACCUGGCAUUUUCAGGCGAGAGCCCAGCCCUCCUUAAAGACUAAAACUAAGUUUGUUGCCAUGACAUUUUAAUUGAAAUAAAAUGAUCACAGCUGGU